AUGACCAGCAAUCGAGCAUAUCCAUCCUUUGAAUUGCCGCCCGUUGCUGUGGUUUCCAUUGAUUUAGGUACCGCAUACUCAGGUAUCGGGUAUUCCCUCGCAGGAUCCAACGGCGAUCAAAUAUUUUGCUCGGCGCCGUCAGAGGAACUGCGCUCCAAAACCAGCACAAUCCUGGUGCUUGAUUAUCAGGACAACUUCAUCGCUUUUGGCCGAGAAGCCGAAGUACAGUACAAGACAUACCUCGAGAAGGUCACGCUGGAAUAUCAGGAAGUGGACGAUGCAGGACAAUCGGUUCCAAGUACUCCAUUAGCGUUGUACAAACUAUUUAAACUUGGUUUGUACGACAUCCAGCCCGGAGAAUCGCCGUUGGUCCUCUCUGAGGAUGGGGAAAGGUCUGUGCCCUUAACGCUUGCCCUGACCCUGUCGCUCAAAGCGCUGAAGGACUUUGCGGUUGGACACAUACGAAAUGAAACCACACUCAACAUCCAUGUCCAUGAGAUUCGAUGGGUGAUCACUGUACCAGCCAUAUGGUCUCAGACGGCCAAGAACAUCAUGCGCGAGUGUGCUGUCAGUGCUGGUCUCAUUCCAAACCAUAUGUCGACUCGUCUAGUGCUUGCUUUGGAGCCGGAGGCAGCCGCAAUCGCCAUCGGAAAGAACAUGACCGGCUUGUUGGCGAAGGGCGCUAAAUGCAUGGUCAUUGAUCUAGGCGGUGGUACCGCUGACAUCUGCAACUACAUAGUCACAAACCAAAGCCCUUUGAAAAUGCAGGAGCUCAUCGCACCAACUGGCGGUCAAUGGGGCGGAUCCUCAAUAGACAGCGCCUUUGAAGCGUUUCUGAGGGACUUUUUGGGGCCAAGUAAUCUGGAGCUGUUCCAGAAACAGUACCCCCUCGAUUAUUUUACCUUGAUAGAGCAGUUCAUCUCUUUGAAAGAGGAUACGGUGAAGCGCUAUAUCUCAAUGGCAGUGCUUUUCACCUGCCCAGAACUCGAUUUGGAUCUCAAGGAAGUCGUAGAGAGCUUCAACUCGAAGCACUACGAGACUCCCGUGGUACCUCAUGGAGCCACUCGAAUCGAGUUGUCCGAGCCCUUGAUAGAGAUGAUGUACCAAGAUACGACGAAGAACAUUAUCAACCACCUCAAGAAUCUGCUGCAAAAACCCGAGCUAGCCGGCAUGAACUACUUCCUCAUGGCAGGUGGCUUUAGCUGCUCACGGUACAUCCAAACGAAGUUGCAGGCCGUCUUCGGCAACCGUGUUCACUUUGCAAUACCUCCCAAGCCACGGCAAGCGGUUAUGAUCGGAGCUGUGCUGUUUGGGAUGCAGCCAAACGCCACCGUCGAAGCCCGCAUAUCACCAGUACACUAUGGUGUCAAGUGCUCAACAACCCACCGAUCUGCCUACCCGGCACACGUGGCCGUCUAUGACUCCAUCCUGCGUCAGUAUGUAGUGCACGAUACCUUCUCCGUUGGCGUGUCUAAGAACGAAAAGAUACCGGCGGGUUAUUCGGUGACCAAGUCCUACACCCCCCUGUACCCGCACCAGGCCACCAUACAGUUCGAGGUGUACUCGUGCGCGCUGGAAAACGUACCGAGCUUUGUGACCAAUCAGCACGUGAAGCGCAUCUCUACGUUUACGGUUAAUUGCGACGCGAACAAGUCGCAGGCCGAGAAUGAGACGCUGGUGACGUACAAUUUUGGUAGCACAGAAAUAACAGUGUCUGCGUUGAACAGUGUUACACGCGAGGAAGUGGAGGUGAAAAUGGCUUUGCAGAAAUGAUAUCUCGGGCCGAGACAUAGACACGGAUAUGGUAAUAAUACACGGAUAAG